UUUGGCACGCCCGAGCAAGAACUCACUGUCAUCUUCGACACCGGCAGCGAUGUCACUUGGAUCCAAUGCCAACCUUGCUUAACCUCUUGUUACUCCCAACAAGAGCCCCUCUUCGCCCCAGCUCAGUCCACAACCUUCUCCUCUGUGUCAUGCUCCGACCCUGCUUGCUCCCAGCUCAACUCGCCUGAUUGCUCCAACAACACUUGUGUCUACACUGUCACAUACGGCGACAAGUCUUAUACCAAUGGCUUCUACUCUGAAGACACUCUCACACUCUCUCCCACCGAUACCCUCACUAGCUUCUUCUUUGGUUGUGGAGUGAACAACAGUGAUGGUUUUGGCAAAGUCGCUGGUCUCCUCGGCCUCGGUCGAGGCCCGGCAUCUUUAAUCUCUCAGUCCAAUACCAAAUACAACAGUUUUUUCUCGUACUGCCUCCCUUCCACCUCCUCCUCAACUGGUUACCUCACCUUCGGUGGCGAAGCUCCAACCAAUCUGAAUAGCACUCAAAUGCUCACUAAUUCAUCAAUGCCCAGCUUCUACUUCCUUGGUCUCCAGGGAAUAAGUGUGGAUGGAACACAGCUUGAUAUUCCUCCAACUGUGUUUUCUAACGUCGGAACUAUCAUAGACUCCGGCACGGUCAUAAGCCGGCUGCCACCAGAGGCAUACUCUUCUCUCCGGGAUGCAUUCCGGCAAAAGAUGUCAAAUUAUUCAGAGGCACAGGCAACGAAUUUACUUGAUACAUGUUAUGACUUAUCAAGCUAUGACACAGUGGAGAUACCGACGGUGUCGUUGGAGUUCGAAGACGGCAUGGCCUUGGAUUUGGAUGCUUCCCAAAUACUCUUCCUUGUGAAUGGUCCGUCUCAAGCUUGCUUAGGCUUCGCCGGAAAUAAAGACGCUAGUGAUGUGGGUAUAAUUGGGAAUACUCAACAGCGUAAGUUCAGUGUGGUUUAUGAUGUGCCAAAUCAAGUCAUUGGGUUUGGACAAGGAGGAUGUGAUUAAUGAUGAUGAUGAUGAUUAAGGGAGUGUUUAUUUACUUAAAUAAAUGGGAUUAGUACUUGAUACUUAUGACCAUCAAAUGUGUGUUUUUGUUUUGCAUCUUUAAAUUGAUAGAACUUGAUUCCAUAGAACUUUAUGGAUUUCACAAUGAGAAUAAUCCCUAUGAACAGUUAGGAUCUUUUUGAUUGAAAAUU